ACAGCUGAGAGUCCGGGGGACUGUGACAGAGAAACUGAUACAGACACAGUGACGGGGGCGGGGGGACCCGGUCCAUUUCAACGCGGAAGUGGUGGCCUUUUGAAUUCUCAUCUUGUUGGUGGUGGAGAGGGGAAGAGAUGGUAUCUUAGGAGAUGAUGCAAGGCCAAGCGGACAGUGGAAGGAAAACCAUUUGCUCUUUGAAAAGAGGAGCCCUGAGCGGGGACGUUGUAACGAUAGAGACCGGGAGAGCAACACCAGCCUUUUAUUAGAGGCAGCCGCAAGCCCUCAAUGGCCAGCCUGGUGUAUGGAUGCGCAAGCCAGGCUGUUCUACGAUGGAGCCAGCGGCGAUGAGUUACAGCAAGUCCCCAGCAGCCGAAGCUGCCACUUGCAAUGGGGACCAUCAACAAGAGUCUCCCUCCCUUCAGGCUCCUGGAGGCUGCCGGCUCCUUCUGCCUAAGCCCCCACCACCACCUCCUGCCUCUGCUGCUGCUGCCGCCCCCGGCUCCCGGAGCUUCUGGACGGCCGUGUUCGACUACGAGUCCACGGCUGACGAGGAGCUGACCCUCCGCCGGGGAGACGUGGUGGAGCUGCUAUCCAAGGACUCGCAUGUCUCCGGGGACGAGGGCUGGUGGACGGGCAAGAUCCAGGACAAAGUGGGCAUCUUCCCCAGCAACUAUGUCAGCAGCCACCCGGCCUACAGCGGCUUCCAGGGCGGCGAGGAGUACCCCCUGCCCCCGGUCAUCGACUUCACCGAGCUGCUGCUGGAGGAGAUCAUCGGGGUGGGAGGCUUCGGCAAGGUCUAUAAGGGCACCUGGGGGCGGGAUGAGGUGGCUGUCAAAGCGGCACGGCAAGAUCCCGACGAGGACAUCAGCGUCACGGCCGACAACGUCCGCAAGGAGGCCCGGCUGUUCGGCAUGCUGAGGCAUCCCAACAUCAUCCUGCUGAAGGGGGUCUGCCUGAAGGAGCCCAAUCUGUGCCUGGUCAUGGAGUACGCCCGAGGUGGGGCUUUAAACCGAGCCCUGGCGGGCCGAAAGGUCCCUCCUCAUGUCCUGGUCAACUGGGCAGUACAGAUCGCCAGGGGAAUGAACUACCUUCACAAUGAGGCGGUUGUCCCAGUCAUUCACCGGGACCUUAAAUCCAGCAACAUUUUGAUUCUGGAGAAGGCAGAUGGCGACGAUCUCACCAACAAAACGUUGAAGAUCACAGAUUUUGGUUUGGCACGGGAGUGGCAUCGUACGACCAAGAUGAGUGCUGCUGGUACCUAUGCCUGGAUGGCUCCUGAAGUUAUUAAGUUGUCCCUGUUUUCCAAGAACAGCGACGUGUGGAGUUUCGGAGUCUUGCUGUGGGAGUUGCUGACUGGGGAAGCUCCGUAUCGAGAGAUCGAUGGACUGGCCGUUGCUUAUGGAGUGGCUGUAAAUAAACUGACCCUUCCGAUCCCGUCCACCUGUCCCGAGCCAUUUGGUAAACUCAUGGAAGAUUGUUGGAACGCAGACGCACACAGUCGCCCAUCGUUCAGCUCUAUCCUCGCUCAGCUGGUCGAAAUCGAGCAGUCGUCCCUCUUCGAGAUGCCUCUGGAGUCUUUUCACUCCCUCCAGGAGGACUGGAAGCUGGAGAUCCAGCAGAUGUUCAACGAGUUGAGGACAAAAGAGAAGGAGUUGCGGAGCUGGGAGGAGGAGCUGAGCAGAGCUGCAAUUCAGCAGAGAAACCAUGAAGAGGUGCUGCGGAGACGGGAGCAGGAGCUGGCUGAAAGGGAGAUCGAUAUCGUGGAGCGGGAACUGAAUAUUAUCAUGCGGCAGCUCUACCAGGAAAAACCCAAAGUCAAAAAGCGCAAAGGCAACUUCAAGAAAAGCCGGUUAAAGCUGAAAGACGGAAACCGGAUCAGUUUACCGUCCGGGUUUGAGCACAAGAUCACGGUGCAGGCCUCACCGACUGUGGACAAGUGGAAGGGUCAGGCGACAGAUGGAUCGAGUCCCCCAGGCAGCCCCAUCAUGAUCCCCCGACUCAGGGCCAUUCGCUUGACCCCUGGAGAGGGCAGUCAGACCUGGGGCCGCAGUGCUGUUUACAAACGCGAAGAGUUCGAGGGUCACAAGAAGAAAGGGCGGACCUGGGGCCCCAGCUCAACGCAGCAGAAGGAGCGUCUGGGUGGUGAGGACAGGUUGAGGUGUCUGGGUGAUGGCAGCAAGUUUUGGUCGUCGAGUGCACCAAGUCUGGGGAAAACCCCUCGGCACAUUCCUAUCACCAUGGGCUUUGCCAGCCUGACUGAGAUGGGUAAGUACAGGACUCCCUUCAGAGAAUCUGUGAAAGAGGGGGAGGGUGGGAGACAGAAAUCUGCUUUUCCGCGCUACCCCCCUCCCCCUCCCCCCCAGUAUCCACCGGGAAGAUUGGGAAUUUCUGCGAUUAACCUCAAUGUCCUUAUCUGGAGAAACGAGGAGAGGAAAUAA